AUGAUAAAACCAAGGAUCUGGACAAGUAUGAUCUUUAAUAUUAUUAAACAGGAAAAAGGUUAUUCCACAAAAAAUGUAAUGCAAAUUGAAAGACAAAAAGUAGAAAGUUUAAUUUUAUAUUUUCAAAAAUGUAUACAAGAAGAUCGAACUAAUAAUUGUAAUUUAUUUAAUUUUAAUGUUAUACAUGAUGACAAACCAAGUAUUAAAAAUAUACAUAUUAACUUAGUCAGAAUAUCAUACUUUUUGAAAAAUAUUAAAGUUGAUGAAAAUAAAUGGCUAUCUAUUUAUGAACAAAUAAGUGAGCUAGAAAUAAUAAAUGAUAAAUUAUAUCUAAGAAAAAAACACGUAGAAGAUGACGAAAUAAAGAAAAAUAAAUAUGAUGCAAAUAAUAAAAAAAAAAAUUACGAUCAUGAAAAUAAAAAUAAUAUCGAAAAUACACCAAUAUUCUCUACAAAUUAUAUUUUGGAAAAUAAUCUAUCUAUAAAAUAUAAUAUUCAAGAAUUACACGCGUCAUAUUUAUUUGUUUUUAACACAUGUAUCACCUCGUUGUCUAAAUAUAUCUCUCUAUAUGACAUACAGAAAUAUUUGUUGAUACUAAAAAAAUGUGAACGUUUUUUUAACUUUUUUUUUAAAUUACACAAAAAUAAAAAAGGCAAAAAAAAUAGUAAUAUAUCUCCAAAAUUAAACUUUUUAUAUUUAUAUUCAACUAGCCAAAAUUAUAUGGAAAAUGCAAAAAUUUUAAAAACCCAAAAUAACAACAACAUAAUAAUAAACGAAAAAGACAAAUUUAAUUUCAGCUAUUAUUAUGAAGAACUAUAUAAAUUAAAGUAUCAUCAAAUAUUUAUUAAUAAAAUAAAUCUAAUUAUCAAUAUAUUUAAAAACAUUAAUUUAUAUUCUAUUAGUUAUGAACAUUUUGAACAAGUUUUAAAUUUUUUGUACAAUAAAACAAAAAAUGGUAUAGUAAUUGAGAAUAUUAUUCUAAAUUUUUUGCAAUAUUUUGUAAAACAAAUCAAAAAUGAAACAGAAGAUAAAAAUGCAAAUUUUAAAAAUAUUCAUAUUAAUUCACUGUUUAAAGUUGUUAAUAUUAUGUACUAUUCCAAAAUUGUUCACAAAGAUAUCAUGGAAAAUUUUGUUAAAAUCUUAAAAAAAUAUAAAAAUACAAAUAAUAUAUGCAAUGGAAAUAUAUUUUUUAACUCUUUAAAAUUAUUAACAUUAUUAGAAAGAAAUGAUGAUAUUAUAUAUAUAUAUAAAUAUUGCAAAGAAUAUAUUAUUUUCAACAAAAAUCCACAACAUAUUUUUAAUCUUUUUUUUUUUUCGUCUAUUAUUGGUUUAUUUGAUUUAUCUCUUAUUAAUUUGUAUAUAAGUCUUUUAAAAAAAUAUAAAAUAAUACCUACUACUUUUGAUAUGUCUUAUAAUAUUCACCAAAAUUAUAAUGAUGAUAUAUCAAAAGUGCAUACACCUUUUUUAUACAAAAAGUAUUACACAUUAUUGGGGUGGAAUAUAGUUAUGAAUAAUUUUGUUAAACAUUUAAAAGAUGAUCAAAAAGAAGCAAUCGAAAUUGUUAAAAUAAAUUUUAAUAACAAAAAUGUCAAUUAUAUUUACUCAAAUAAAAUAUCCAAUAAUGUUGCUCAUUUAUUAAAAGAAAUUAAUUUUUUGUUAAAUUUUUAUCAAAUUAAUAUGACCAAAGUUUCUAAUACUCAAAAAAAUAAUUUUUUUUAUAACCAAUAUACCAUAUAUACCAUUUUAAAAAAAAAAUUUAAUGAACACUCAAUCAUAUAUGAAUAUAUAUCCAAACAAAACAUUUUAAUUGAUAUAUUAUUAAUCUUGAAGAAAAAUCAACAUCAUAUAGAUUACUACAAAUUGUUUGCAAUUGAAUUCAAUGGACGGACGCAUUAUAAUUUACAAAUUAAUCAAGAUAAUCUAAUUACAAAUAAUUUACAUUAUUAUCUGAAAGAAAAUUAUAAUACACAAUUUAAAAAAUUUAUCACAUCAAAUUUAGGUUUUAUUAAUAUUUAUAUUCCCUUUUAUAAAUGGAAUAGUUUAAAUUUAUCACAAAAAGAAUUAUAUCUUAUCAAUUAUAUACACUCUUUUAAAUGA